UUCGCAGUCCAGAAACUAAGUUGCGAAAAAUAACUCUGUACAAACGACACUGAUCGUGCCGGCAGACCGCCGGCCGCGGCUUGCCCUGCGCAACAACAACAUUCAUAUCGCUUUUUCCUCGCAUUCAUGUCUUAGGAGAGAGAUCGCUUGCGUGAGAGAGUAGGCGUUCAUUAUAAUUCAGUUCAGUUGACACACACAUCUGUGCAUAUACGUAUCCGAAAAAGUUGGGCAGAACAAUAUAAAACUUAAAUGAUCGAUUGUCAACCGAAGCCAAACUCUCAAUUUGAAAAUAGCCGUGAUACACCGAUCGAGAAGAAAAAAGCCUACUUGGAAGCCCAAGGCAUUGGAGGAACCAAGUUUUAAGUGGGUUGUGAUCAAAUGUGAGGCCACCCCGUCACCAUAUCCACACCUCCACUUUUGUAGAUAGGAUCAUAAGGCAGUUGAAGAUGAACCGAAUGAAAAUCGAAUUACCACAGAAUGCAGCCGUAGCUAACAAUGAAUUUGGAAUGAAAAUGCCUUCCAUAGCUAAAUACAAGUGCCUUAUUGCUAGAGAAAAGCCUCCAAAUUCAAAAACCAACCAGAACAACUGUUCGGCCUAUACAACAAAAUAUAAAUGAAAACUCUUUUCGUUCUUCGGAUAUCAACUGUCAUACUUGUGCUGGUUAUUCAAAAAUCAUAUGCAGACAUUCCCGAAUGCGAUUAUUUCGACACUGUCGAUAUUUCGGCAGCUCAAAAGCUACAGAAUGGAUCGUACUUAUUUGAGGGGUUGCUCGUUCCGGCCAUUUUGACGGGAGAAUAUGACUUCAGGAUUCUACCGGACGACUCGAAGCAGAAGGUGGCCAGUCACAUAAGAGGAUGUGUGUGCAAGCUGAAGCCCUGUGUCAGAUUUUGCUGCCCCCACGACCACAUUAUGGAUAAUGGUGUAUGCAACGACAACAUGUCCGAGGAGGAGCUUACUGAACUCGAUCCUUUCCUUAACGUGACUCUUGUCGACGGGUCGGUGUCCCGCAAACACUUUAAAAACGAACUAAUCGUCCAGUGGGAUCUACCGAUGCCGUGCGACGGAAUGUUCUACCUGGACAACCGAGAAGAGCAGGAUCGAUACACGUUGUUCGAGAACGGAACUUUCUUUCGCCACUUUGACCGUGUCACCCUUAGCAAGAGGGAAUACUGCCUUCAGCAUCUUACCUUCGCAGAUGGUAAUGCAACGUCUAUUCGAAUUGCACCUCACAACUGCCUGAUAGUGCCAUCAAUUACCGGUCAGACGGUUGUGAUGAUCACUUCGCUGAUAUGCAUGGUUCUAACGAUCGCCGUUUACCUCUUCGUCAAGAAACUACAAAACUUGCAUGGAAAAUGCUUCAUCUGCUACAUGGUGUGUCUCUUUAUGGGAUAUCUUUUCCUAUUGUUCGAUUUGUGGCAGAUAUCCAUAAGCUUUUGCAAACCAGCAGGUGUUCUGGGUUACUUCUUUGUCAUGGCCGCAUUCCUUUGGCUUUCCGUUAUCAGUCUGCACCUUUGGAACACGUUCAGAGGCUCCUCCCACAAAGCGAAUCGAUUCUUUUCUGAGCAUCGGUUUCUGGCCUACAAUACCUAUGCUUGGGGCAUGUCGAUGGUCCUGACCGGAAUCACCGUUCUGGCCGAUAACGUCGUGGAAGACCAGGAUUGGAAUCCUCGUGUGGGCGAGGAGGGACACUGUUGGAUAUAUACUCAAGCCUGGUCAGCCAUGCUCUACUUUUACGGUCCAAUGGUUUUUCUUAUUGCUUUUAAUAUAACCAUGUUCAUCCUGACGGCUAGGCGUAUAAUAGGAGUGAAGAAGGACAUCCAGGACUUUGCUCACAGGCAAGAGAGGAAGCAGAAGCUGAACUCCGACAAACAGACUUACACCUUCUUCCUACGGCUCUUCAUCAUUAUGGGAUUGUCCUGGAGCUUGGAGAUAGGCUCCUACAUUUCGCAAUCCAACCAAACUUGGGCCAACGUCUUUCUGGUGGCUGACUACUUAAAUUGGUCCCAAGGAAUCAUCAUAUUUAUACUGUUCAUUCUGAAGCGCAGCACGUUGAGACUCUUGCAGGAGAGGAACCAUCCUAAAUCCACGAGGAGUGUCAUUGCUAACAGAUCGAUGGCGAGUCGUAUUACCGUGGGAACAACUCCUAAAAAUAAAGGACGGAACUCGACUUUGGCUUAAAAGCUGUAAUAAGUUAUCAUACAUAUAUGCAUGUAUAUAAAAUCUUAUAAAUAUUCAUACCAUAAAUAACGGUUUGUGAGGUGGAUUUCUUGCUGAAGGCUGACCCUAGAGCUUAAUCUCCUUUUCUUUUGUGGUAGAAGUAUCCGCUGGCGUUUUAAAGCUUUCAAUAAAAACGUACGCAGCUUUU